AUGUAUCGAGUAUCAGGAUUUGGCCCAAAGAGCAGAGCUCUGAAGCCAUGGCUGGUUGUCCUUCUCAUUGUGUUGGCACUGAUACUGAUGGUCCUCACUGUCGUUGUUCUGGCUCCCUUCCUAGGCUCUGGUCAGAGAAUGGAAUACUACCAUGGCAUCAUUGAAGUUUCACAUCCCCAAGACAAUAGUCAUACUGAGAAAAAGAAUUCAUAUCAACUUAAGGAAUUGCAAGAGAUGAAUGAACAUUUGGUGGACAAGAUAUUCAUAGUUUCCACUUUGAACAAGCACUACAUCAAGAAUCAAGUAGUCAGGCUGAUCCCAGAAGACGAGGUGAAGGCAGAUACUGUUACAGCAUACCAGAUCCCCUCUACUGUGCCUAAGACAAAAAGAGAGAAGAAAAUCCACCACAUCUUAAAUCAGAAGACUAGAAAAACAAGAGCCCUGCCGAUAAAUGUCUCAUCAGUACAAGAUAAUCUAUUGUAUUCUUCAGCAGGGAAACUAAGUGUCCAGGCAAGCUGUGGUAAACGAGUUGCUCCAUUAAUAGUCAACAGAAUAAUGUCUGGGGAACUUGCAGCUAAAGGGGCCUGGCCUUGGCAAGCCUCCCUCCAACGUGGUAAUAUCCAUCAGUGUGGAGCCACCUUGAUUAGUAAUAUGUGGCUUGUCACUGCGGCUCAUUGCUUUAAAAGCAAUGCUAACCCUCGACAAUGGACUGUCAGUUUCGGAACGACAAUAAAUCCUCCUCUGAUGAAAAGAGAAGUCAGAAGAAUCAUCGUCCACGAGAGGUAUCGCUCCCCAGCAAGAGAGUACGACAUUGCAGUUGUACAGAUCUCUCCCAGGGUCACCUUUACAGAUGACGUCCGCCACGUUUGCUUGCCGGAAGCCUCUGCGUCCCUCCGACCGAAUUCUACAGUCUACAUCACAGGAUUUGGAGCGCUGUACUAUGGCGGUGGGUAUCUCAGAGAGCUCACGGGUGAUUCUGGAGGACCAUUAGUGGUAAGAGAUCCUAACGGUACCUGGUAUCUCAUGGGAAUUGUGAGCUGGGGUGAUAACUGUGGCCAAAAGAACAAGCCUGGAGUCUACACACAAGUGACCUAUUACCGACGCUGGAUUGCUUCAAGAACAGGCCUCUAA